GUUUUCUUUUCUGUUUUUUUUUUUUUCUUUAAGAGGGGGGAGGUGGGCGGGCCUUCCUGUCAAUCACUGCUCACAGCCAAUGGACAGCAUCGCGCUCACUGAGAUUCCCACGGUCCCUCCGCAUCAAGCCAAUGGAGGACGGAGACCAGAGACAGUGGGCGCGUGCGUUGUUGGGAGGAAAAUAAUCGAUGACGCUCCUCUCGCUCGCUUUUCUGUUAGGGCUAUCAGACGCGCCGUCCCUUUGAGGGAUAGAACAAGAUAUCCAAUCAGAGGACUCCUGAGCUUACCGCUGCAAGGAUGCAGCCAAUCAUCGAGCGGCUCUCAGCUGUCAAUUAACGGAUGAUUCGGCGAGUGGGCGGAGCGUUCGCCAGCCUGUAGUUCCGUCAUCUCGCUCGUCUCCGAGGCUACGGGGGGCCGAUGUUGAUUUGGAUGAAUACCUGCAGUUGCCGGACCCAGACUAGGUCGAUUUGUUUUUUUAAAGCUGGGUUCACCACCGGAAAACGGGACGCUUCGGACUGAGAGUAUUGCUCGUUCGCGCCGGGAAUCGUUGUUUUUCUGGACUGAGGAGAGGUGGGGAGCCGGGGUGGGGAGGGGGGCUCAAUCGGCGGGGGCUGCAAGGAGGGUCAGGCGGAGACUGUAUCCUCCGUGCUCGGGCCAUCUGCGCCGAGCUCGGUCUGAUGGUUCCACUGAAGCCCUAACCAGGGGGCCGGGGGUCCACGGAGAGGAUCUGAAACCCGGCGUCGGCUGCGGAUGACCGUGGAGGGAGUGGAGCCGCUUUCCCAGCCUUUUCUCGCCGUGGCGCCGCAUUAGCAGCAUCUGUCGGGGAUUUUUCUUCUUCUGGUUUUUUAUUUUUUUAUUUUAUUUUUUAUUUUCUCUUCUUCUUGUUCUAAACGGGUUAACGCUCCGUUUCUGCCGGAUAGAGGAAACACAGAGAAGAUCUAAGAGAUUAAACCGGCUUGAGGAGGCUGCAGGGCGGCCCAAAGCCACGGAUUGCUCCGUUGACAGGUUGUCAUCAUGGGCAACGCGCCCACGGCCAGAAAGGGCAGCGAGAUGGAAAGCGUCAAAGAGUUCCUUGCUAAAGCCAAAGAGGACUUCCUCAAGAAAUGGGAGAAUCCUUCACAGAACACUGCCAGCCUGGAGCAGUUUGAGAGGUUGAAAACCUUGGGCACGGGCUCGUUUGGCCGCGUCAUGCUGGUGAAGCACAGAGAAACGGGACAGCAUUACGCCAUGAAGAUCCUCAACAAGCAGAAGGUGGUGAAGCUUAAGCAAAUAGAGCACACUCUAAAUGAGAAGAGGAUCCUCCAGGCUGUCAGCUUUCCCUUUCUUGUGCGGUUAGAGUAUUCAUUCAAGGACAACACCAACCUUUACAUGGUGAUGGAAUAUGUACCAGGUGGAGAGAUGUUUUCCCACCUACGAAGAAUUGGCAGAUUCAGUGAGCCGCACGCUCGGUUCUACGCUGCUCAGAUUGUGCUGACCUUUGAGUACCUGCACUCUCUGGACCUGAUCUACAGAGACUUGAAACCUGAAAACCUGCUCAUAGACCAACAGGGCUACAUCCAGGUUACAGAUUUUGGCUUUGCCAAACGGGUAAAGGGCCGGACCUGGACACUGUGUGGCACCCCAGAAUAUCUGGCUCCAGAGAUCAUCCUCAGCAAGGGAUAUAACAAGGCGGUGGACUGGUGGGCGCUGGGUGUUCUCGUCUACGAGAUGGCAGCAGGGUAUCCUCCUUUCUUUGCCGAUCAGCCAAUUCAAAUCUAUGAAAAGAUUGUAUCAGGGAAGGUUCGUUUCCCAUCUCACUUCAGUUCAGACCUGAAGGACCUACUGAGGAACCUCUUACAGGUGGAUCUCACAAAACGCUUUGGGAACCUCAAAAACGGAGUCAACGACAUCAAAGGACAUAAGUGGUUCGCAACAACUGACUGGAUUGCCAUCUACCAGAAAAAGGUGGAAGCUCCCUUUGUUCCAAAGUUCAAAGGACCAGGCGAUACCAGCAACUUUGACGACUAUGAAGAGGAGGAGAUCCGUGUCUCCUUCACCGAGAAAUGUGCCAAGGAGUUUACUGAAUUCUAGAGUUAGAGGAGAAGAAAUAAGGAAAAUAGGGAAAGUCUAAGGUAGGCUGGUCAACAGGGAGACACGAGAAAAGUCUACUGUCUUCUGUCCAAAUAUAAGCACCAGCCACAAAAAAGAAAAAGGGAAAAAAUUGAACAGAGGUGUGUGAAAAAGAGAGCGGAGACUGAUAACCAGCAGUGUUGCCUUUUCUGUUGCGUUUCUGUUGUGUUUUAUUUAUUGUCGUCUUAUUUAUGAAUCCCUUUACAACGACGCUGUGUUUCAUGGGUGUCGGGAGCCCCACUAACUUAGAGUUGCCUCUACGCAUUUUCACCCGAGAUCUUCCCGUUUCUGCAUUCGCUUCCGUUCUGUUCAUUUCUGUGCCACAGCAAAGACAAAGUCGACCAGUCAAUCCGCCGGUCAUUACAUGAGCGUGCACGUAAGAUAUCGCCAGUUGACACCAAUGAGGUGAAUUGAGCAAAACACAACACACGUUAAGAUAAAUGCCCAUGCGAUAUAUAUUUUGUCUUGAGUUCACCUGACCCAUUUCAUAAAUGAAAUACUUCAAAGGCACGAGAGGCCAAAAGAAAGACGAAACAAAAAGUCAGGUACGUCUGUUGUGUAACUCCAUCUAUGGCUCUUGCUAUUGUUAAUAUAUACAGACUUUGUACAUAUCUGCAGUACUCCAUUUUUAAAUGUUAGUAGGUACUUAGUGGCUCCAGUGAAACCAUAUCACGCUAACAUACAGUACAAUGACAUACGAAUAAAAAGGACGGAUUUCUCUCAGUUUCAAUGGUGUUGUGAGAAAAACACCAACCGCAUAAUGGAAACUCAGGUUUGAACAUAUCACUUAACAGACAUUUAUCUCCAUAAAGCCUAUGGAUCAGCAGGCAAAUCUCGAAGUAUAGAUUUGGGAAUUUGAAGUUCUGGUUUUAAACGAGUUUAAAAGGAACAAAAAAAAACAAAAAAAAGAGGGGGAAAAAAGGGACUAUUUAGAGUUUUAGUUGGCGUCUUCCACACUUUAUCCCUUCCAGAAUAUUUGGUCAGUUUUGAUAAAAGCACUUCCUGUUUCAGCUCAGAGCUAAUUUACUAGAUGAGAUCAUUCUACUUGUUAAAACAACCGUUUGGCUCCCUGGUUUUGACUUUUAGACACCGUGUGAGGCAGAAGACCUCCCACUGCUUCUGGCUGAGGGUCAUCAGUGCUCCAGUCUGUACGGAUGGCGAUCAGGAUCGAGUAUUUGAUCGUUGCUGUUUGCUCAUAUCACAAAAGAGAACCAUGCAACUCUGUUAUCAUUUCCUUUGUUUGUGUUCAGGACAUGCACUAGUUUUGCUAAGUUUCAUUUUAUGUGUAUGUACUGAUGAUCUGAAAAUGAUUGGCUCUCUUUUUUUGUCAAGUUAGAGAUGGGUGAAGCACCAGGAGGUGAAUAUGCAUCGGGGAAUUUUGUAUUGAACAUGUUUGUCCUCAGUGAAUUUGUUUCCAAUGAGGCUAUUGGUAUAUUAUUCACACCAGAUGUUGCUAGCAACCCAAAUAAUCUGCACAUACAAAGAAAUAAAAACAAAUAAGUCCUUAAAUCAGGUUGUGUAUUAUAAAGUUGAAAUCUCUUAAAUAUUUGAAAGAGAAGCUUUAAGACGUCUCCCGUGUGUAGAAAGUAGUCAAAGUUUUCAGUUGUCAUUUUGAAUUAUCCUUUGAUAAAAAACUGUCUUCAAAUUUCAUCGCCGCUUUUCCAAUUAUAUUCAAGUCAGGUGAUUGACUGAGCCAUUUUUCUCUCCUCUGGUUCCUUUUCUGGCACCAGAUUAGACGUUUCCAUGACUAUGUUUUUGGGAUCAUUGUCUUCCUGAAACAUGCUGCUGCACUCCUUCCUAUAAUGCUGGCAUUUUAAAAGAUACCUGUUACCUGAGUCUGAACAUGAGGAAAUUAAGGACAUUUUGCAAAACCUUAAAUUCUCUCAUGUUUUUCAAGUAUUUGUGCUACUUUUGAUCAGCUUUGUCUGUUAACACUAGAGACAAAUAGGACCAAUUUUAAAAUGUUCUGCAGUUAUGACCAGUCAUGUAUUGAUUUUUCAUAACCACACCAUCUUUUAAUUUCUCCUUAGGAAGAUAAAAAAAAACAGACCCUAUGGGAAUUAAAUUUCUAUGCUCUGAGAGUGCCCCCUACUGGUCAGACAAUUACUAACCAGAUUAAUAGGAACACAACAGCUACAGGUAACUUGAUUUUGUAGCAGCUGCUGCAUGUAUACCUGACGUAUGAGAGCAACCACUCUCAUUUGGCAAGAUUUGGUUUAUAUUAUAAUUAAAGUUGAAUAUGCUACAGUGUUGAAUGUGUAGUGACGCAAUAUGCAUUAUUUUCCAAUCACAUAAUUUCUUGAGGCAAAAAAACUGAUACAAAAUAUUGUAACAAGGGAAUUACUAAGAAUAUCUUGGUACCUUUCAUCCUAUAAAUGCUGCCAGUACCAUAUGCUGUAAGACAGGCCCACACUAUAAUGUUCCCACCUCCAAACGUCUCUAUCAAUAUGGUGUUUUUGGGGGUUGGUGGCCAGUGUCAUUUCUUCUCCAAACAUUGUGUGUGUAGUGACAUUCAAAGAGUUUAAUGUUGGUCUCAUCUAAAGAUGAUAGGCCAGUAUUCCACUGACUCGACCAAAAUGUCCGAUAGCAGUUCUAUAGCAGACUUAAAGCAAGCUAGAACAAACUUUCCGGUCAAUAAGGGAGUCUUGUAUAGUGAGGCCAUUGUGGUUGAGUUCAUUAUUUAUUUCCAUGAUAGAUUAUUAAAAAAAAAUUGGAUUACUAAAGCUCAGUGUGACCAAUCCUUUGCUUUUGGAGACCAUGUCUGAUUACUCUUUUUUUGUCAGAAAUUUUCCAAAAAACACUGUGUUCCUUCCUCCUCGGAUAAUGGCUGUAAUGGUCCUCAGUGGAACAUUCAGAAGUUUAGAAAUAUGUCUCUAACCAGUGCUAUUUGUAUUUUUGCAAUAAUAGGGGUGCGGAGGUCCUAAAAUUGCUUCUUAUGUUUUUCUUGCGGUAGCAUAAAAGAGAAAUUGUUUAUGCUCCCGCCUAAAUCAGCUGUCAUGAAUUAUUGAUAACUGAACUAAUAUAAGGCAGGAUUGCUUAGUACAUAGUUACAGAUUUCAGUUAUGUUCAGCUGCCUUUUUCAUUCAGAUUUAUUACAUAUUACUUGAUUUCUGGAGUAAUUUGUGUUGAUCUUGCUGUGAAUGGGAGUUUCUUGGGUUGUUACAGACAUCUAGUGUGAAUUUUAUGUCAGUUGGAUUAAUAGAAAUGUAUUUACUGAGAAGAACUAUGUUUGAUAAUUGUUUUCCUGCUAUAGCUUGUUGAAAUAUCCUUUUACAUGUACAGUAAACAACCUGGUGAUUUGAAGUUUGUGACAAAGGCCACCUCGGGUGUUUGGGGGUCUCUUUGCUUGACACAGUUUGACAGCAGGGCAUUAAAACAAUGUCCUAAGAGGAUUAAAUUAUUUGUUUCAGGCAUUAAAUUAUAAUUUGAUCUUUUACCUUAAUAGGGAUGUGAAAUAUUAUAGUUCAGAUAGGCACAAUGAAUUCCUUUCAUCAUGUUUUUUGUCAAGAGUCUCAACUUUGUGAAAAAUCUCAGAUAUGAGAAAAAUAUGAUCGGCCUUUUGUUUGAAAUACACAUCUGCAAUGUUGCUAGUCUGGGUGCAUCAUUUGUAAAUUAGAGUGGUGUUUGAAACGGCUUAACAUGAAGGAAUUAUCCAGGUGGUCGACUUGGGUUCACAGUAUCCUUUACCACAUGUGUCUCUUAGGAGAGACCAUUCCCAUCCAUGUAUCUACUGUCUUCCACUUAUCCAAGAUCGGAUCCAAGAGGGAUCCCCAGACAUCCCACCCCCCCAUAAGCAUCAUCCAGCUCAUUCUGGGGGAUCCCAAAGCGUUGCCAUGUCAGAUGGGACAUAUAAUCCCAUCAGAGAAUUCUGGAUCUUCCCCUGGGUCUCCUUCCAGUGGGAUGUGACCAGAAAACCUUCAAAGGGAGGCAUCCAGGGGGCAUUCUGAUCAGAUGCCCAAACCACUCCAACUGUAUGUUUCGAUGUGGAGAAGCAGUGACUCUACUUUCAGCAACCUCCCAGAGAUUCUCACCCUGUCUUUAAGGCAGAGUCCAGCCAUCCUCCAGAGGAAGCUCAUUUUGGUCGCUUGUAUCCGAGACAUCAGCCUUUUUUCUUAUCUUAUUACCAUAGGUGAGGGUCAGAAUCUAGGUCAGUAAUUUGAGAGCUUAGCUCUUUUUUCAGCACAACACAUCACAACUGCAUACACAGCCCCAAUCCAUCUUUUGAUCUAGCAUUCUAUCCUACUAUCCCUUGGGAACAAGACACCUAGAUACUUAAACUCCUCCACUUGAGGCAGAGACUGACCCCUGACUGAGAGCGGAGCAGUCUUCCUUUCUCUGGCCAGGAAACUUGGCCUCAGACUUAAAGGAGCUGACUCUCAUCCUGGCUGCUUCACACUCUGCACUGAACCGCUCCAGUGCCCAAUGGCGGUCAUGAGCUGAAAAUGCCAACAGAACCCCCAUCUUAAGUAAAAAAUGUAAAAAUUAGAUCCUGAGGUUUCCAAACCAGAUGCCCUCCCCUACAGGACUAUUCCUUGAGAUCCUGUCCAUGAAUACCGGUGGAGUCCAAAGCACACUGGGAACAGGCUUGACUUUGUGCCAAGAAUACAGACCCCAGCUCUGGCUUUGGGCAUACAUAGAUUGGAUACCCACCCAGACACCCCAUACUUGUGAAGAACAGCCCCCAAAAUAUCUGGGAUGGACUUGGUCAAAAGCCUACUCCAGAUCCAUAAAACACAUGUAGAACUGACAACUAUACGCCCUCAGCAGUUCCACAAAUUAAAAGAUGUAGCCCACUGCUCUAUGAGCAUGACAAAAGCCACAUUACACUUCCUGUUUCCGAAGUUCAACUAUCAGUCGGAGUCUCCUUGCUGACAUCCCAGACUAAGCCCUCCCAGGGCGAUUGAGAAGUGUGAUUCCUUAAUAUUUGGAACACACUCUCAGCCACUCUUUCUUAUAAAUGAGGACCACCAGAUCAGUCUGCCACUCCAGUGGUGUUGUUCCAGUCCUCCAUGUGACAUUGAAAAGGUGUGUCAAUCAUGACAGGCCCACGAUGUCCAGAGUCUUUAGAAUAUCAGAUUGAAUUUUCUAAACACCUGAGACUCUACCACCAGUGAACAUGUCAACAACCGUGGUGACCUCUGCCGCUUAUACGAGAUUGGGUCCAGGAGGAAACCCCAGACAUUCCUCCCUCCACAGUGACGGAAUCCGAUUGUUCCAAGACUUCAGGCUCAGCCUCCUCCGUGGAGGACAUGGGUGACCGUAUUAAGGAGCUCUUAAAAGUCCUCCUUCCAUCACUCAACAAUGUCCUCAGUCCUCUCUGAGUAGCCAAAAGGUUAUCCAGAACUUCCUUCCAAUUGAAAGUCUCUUUCCACAGCCUCACUGAAUUCCUCCAAAGUCCGGUUUGUUGCUUAUGCAACUACAGAAGCCACUGUCCUUUUGGCUACCCAGGACUUGUCAGCUGCUUCAGAAGUUCCCAGGAAUAUCCAACUCCAGAAGGACGCCUUCUACAGUCCUGAUGCCUUCCAUCACUACUGGUGUCCACCAAAGGGCCCUCUGGUUGCCAUCAAGAUAGACACCGAUACUAUUAAUGCCAUAACAUUGACCAUGUUCACUAUAGAGAUUCUGAAUAUGGUUCAUUCAGAUUCCAUGUCCCCAGCCUCCUUUGGGACAUGAAAGAAAUUCUCCUGGAGAUGGGAAUUGAACAUUACUGGGACAAGUUCCUCCUCCGAACAUUUCAGGUCACCCUUAACAGGUCUCUCCAGCGGCCUCCCCUGUCACUGGAUCCAAUUCACUGCCAGGUGGUGAUUAGUUGACAACUCUGCCCCUCUUUUCAACUGAGUCUGCAAGAUGCAACACCAUUGGUCUGAUGAUAUGAUUACAAAAUUUAUCAUCAAAUUUUGGCCCAAGGAUUCACAGUGCCAAGUACAAUUAUGAUUUACUGUGUGCUCAAACAUGGUAUUUAUGAACAUUUUGUGCCCCACACAGAUGUUCAACAACAAAAUACCAGUCUGGUUCAGUUUGGCAAGGCCAAAUCAUCCUAGUCACACCCUUCCAGGUAACCCAGACAUUGCCUGCAUGGGGAUUGAAGUCCCCCAGGUGCAUCGCUACAUCCCCAGACAGCACUGUCAGGAACUCCAAGAGGGUUGGGUAACAAAUUUUCUGUGCCCAGGGGACCAUUGCCUUUGACCACAUAGUGCCCCAGAUUUACACUGUGGUGAUAUAGCUUGAACACAGAUAAAUGAUAUGAAGAGGCAGAGUGUCAGGCUGAUACAGUGACGGUCUGAUUUGGCUUUAUCAAUAAACAUCAAAUAAGAGAACUUGCAGGAAGCGACAUAUACACAAUGUUAUCACGUCUGGUAAAAAUGUUAAUUACAGAAAUAUUUUAACGUAGUACCAUAAUGUCACACAUUUUUAAAAUACUCCAACUUGUUAUUGAAGUACAUUUACUCAGUGAGGGAUGAAAUUCUAUGUUAGGAAAUAAUUGUUUUCAACAAUGUAAUCAAUGACACAGUUACUGGGAGCCUUGUGUUAAGACUUCAAACAGCCACCUUUUUACAAAAGUACAGCACAACAGCGUUUACAGAGAUGGACUUUUGGCCAUUUUCCUUUACAGAGUCUCUCUAGAUUGUCCAGGGUCUUGGAUCUUCAGACUAUUUUCAGUUUACUGAUAAAGGCCACCAGGCUUUUCUCUACAUCAUCAGGUAUUUCAAAGAUUUUAUGAUACCAUAAUUAACAAGCUCACAGCGUUAUAGAUCCUCCACCGUACUUCAGCCAACAUGACAUUUAUGUGUAUUCAUACUUUGCUUCAAACCCACUUACAGUGUUUGUUCCUGAAAAACUUAAUCUCUGUUUCAUCUGACCAAUGCUGAUAUCGCUGAUCCAGCUCUCAGCUGGAACAGCAAUGGACAUGUAAUCUGUCCAUGUUUCUGUUAAUGAAGGAGGGACUGAAAAGGCUUCGUGCCUCACAUACAGCUGGAUGGCUUGUAGACGGGAUCUCAUGAUUGUUAUGGAGACUCGGCAUCCCCAAGAUGUCAUUAUUUGCUCCAGUUCUCAGUUGAACUCUGUUCUCUGAAUUAAAAUAUUUCUAUUACAUCUAUUUUAAAGGGAUUGUUGGGACUACCAAAAAGAAUGGCUCUGGUAACUUUAUUAAAAAAUCUAUUACAUUCUAUUCAAUUAUUUCCCCCACAGAAUAAAGGUACUCAAGUGAAAGUUUGGAGUUUCUAUUUUUUCUAGUGGGAGAUUAUCCCGCUGCAGUAAAUUCUGAAUUCGUUGUAUGUUUUGUUGGGGGUUUUUUUGUACACUUUUUUGCAAAAAUAGGUAUGUCUUCUCGGUACCCUUAUUACAAAUGCAGAGUGGGUUAAGAUCUAAAAACACUCAGUUCACAUCUCUCACAUCAUUUAACACAUAAGUGGUAAAUUUGUUGCAGUUUAAGCUGCUGGUUUUAUUGUGAAACUCUAAGGCAAAAGUGUGUUCACUGGUUAUAUUAUUAUUAUUAUUAUUAUUAUUAUUAUUAUUAUUAUUAUUAUUAUUAUUAUUAUUAUUAUUAUUAUUAUUACUGUGUGAACAGAGACAGAAUGCGGGUUUGGUCUAAGUUACAGUGGACCUGGAACACUUAAUUGCAGAAUAAAAACACAUACUACAUCUGAAACAAUGGUCCACUGUAGGAUUCUUUAUUUUACCUUGUGAUUCACAUUCAACUUUUAGGCCCCUUCAUAAAAUGACCUAAUGUUGUGCUUCACAUUUGUUUUUCUGUGUCCUUGUAUGUUAAAUGGAAGGAAAUGAAUUACCACAAUAAAUCUGGGGCUUGUUUAUUUUCUUUAUGCCAUGUGAGGCCACUAGUUUGAAUUUAAAAAUGUCUCUCUUGAGUUGUCACGUUCAGUGUUCAGUGAAAGUUUUUCUUGAUGAAUCUGAAGAUAUGUUGGCAGACAGAUGGCAGCCUUCUGGUCGUCAUCCGCUUGCUCACUGAUUAUAAUAGCCUAAUUUAUAGACUAUUACUAUUGUCAUGAUAUUGUUUGCGUCUGUGGUUGGGACAUCACAUCCCCAACAUUUCCUUCAUGUCAGGUUCAGUAUGCAGCAUCCUGAAGACACUUUUACAGAGACACAACUUCUUCUCAGUGCAGGCACAAUGCUGGUACAUAAGAGCCUACUGUCGCACUUUUUAAGGAAAUGAGACCUCCCUCCUCCUCAGCCAGUAUGAACCAUAUCGACCCAUGCCACACACACACACACACCAACACGCACGCCCACCAACACACACACAAAACACUCUUAUGAAGGGAAGCUUCUAAAGUCACGGGAACAGUGACAUGAAAACAAGUGUAAUAUUUUGCAACAUAAAUAUCAUUCCAAUAAAGUUUUACUUGUAAAAUCUCC